AUGCUGCGACAGUUGAUUACGAAGUCGCUGCAGUUUCCCAUCAUCGCUCGUUCACUGAGUGCGGCAACUGCCGCCCCCAAUGUGACCGUCGACAAAGAGGCCCUGAUGAAGCUUAGAAAGCGCACAGGAUACAGCUAUGUAAAUUGCCGUAAGGCAUUGGUACAAUUUGGCUCCGAGAAUCUAGCCGAAGCAGAGAAGUGGUUGAGAGAACGAGCCAAGAGUGAGGGAUGGGCGAAAGCUGCCAAGCUUAGCAGUCGAGCGACUACCCAAGGUCUUAUAGCCGUCAAAUCUGCUGGGUCUGUUGCUGUGAUUGUUGAAAUGAGUUGCGAAACGGAUUUUGUUGCCCGCGGAGAUAAUUUCAAAUCACUGGUUAGACUGCUGUUUUGUCGUUACGCCGUCUAA